AGCCCAAAUAUGCCUCAACCGAUCAUUUCAAAACCAUCUCUUCCCUCUCCUUGACAUUUGUGGCGAUCUGCAAUUAGGUUUCGGUUCUUCGAGGCGGAGGAGGAGAAGGCGCCGGGGGCGAUGGAGAAGUACGAGAAGCUGGAGAAGGUCGGCGAGGGGACGUACGGGAAGGUGUACAAGGCGCGGGACAAGAAGACGGGGAAGCUCGUCGCGCUGAAGAAGACGCGCCUCGAGAUGGACGAGGAGGGCAUCCCUCCCACUGCCCUCCGCGAGAUCUCCCUCCUCCAGUUGCUCUCCCACUCGAUCUACAUCGUCCAGCUACUGAAUGUAGAGCAAGUGCAGAAAAAUGGAAAGCCGCUGCUUUAUCUAGUGUUUGAAUAUUUAGAUAUCGAUCUCAAGAAGUUCAUCGAUUCUCAUCGCAAAGGGCCCAACCCUAGGCCUAUACCCUCCACGGUUGUCCAGAGGUUUAUGUUUCAAUUGUGUAAAGGAGUCGCUCAUUGCCAUAGUCAUGGUGUUCUUCACAGAGAUCUGAAACCUCAAAAUCUCCUUGUUGACAAAGAGAAAGGCAUAUUAAAGAUUGCGGAUCUUGGGUUGGGAAGAGCCUUCACUAUCCCUCUGAAGAGUUACACUCAUGAGAUCGUGACACUUUGGUAUAGAGCUCCUGAAGUCUUGCUGGGAACAACUCAUUACUCAACUGGAGUGGAUAUGUGGUCUGUUGGAUGCAUAUUUGCUGAACUGGCCCGAAGACAAGCACUUUUUCCUGGUGAUUCAGAACUACAGCAAUUGCUUCACAUAUUCAGGUUGUUAGGGACCCCAAAUGAAGAGCAAUGGCCUGGAGUUUCUUCCUUGCGAGACUGGCAUGAAUAUCCACAGUGGAAACCUCAAAAUUUGGCACGUGCUGUUCCGUCCCUGGAUCCUAAUGGAAUCGACCUCUUGUCGAAGAUGCUUCAAUAUGACCCAGCGAACAGAAUAUCAGCUAAAGCAGCAAUGGAUCAUCAUUACUUCGAUACGCUGGACAAGUCACAAUUUUAGUGCCUUUCCCCUCCACCAAGUGACGCAAUUUAUCUUUGAGGAAUCUGACCUACUCAACUCAAAUUACAAGUGUUAGAACAAUGUUUUUGCUUUGCUCGUAUCCUGCGUUGCCUCUAUUUAUUGUUUUUGGAUAUCUGAAACGUGUUAUUGCUUGCGAGUUUCAUCUGCGUUUAUGAUUUCCA